GUCAGCGGUGAACCUGUACUGGUGAGCGGACGUGUACGGCGCGCGUCAGGCAGUUCCCGGAUGCACGAAACAGAAACAUGGAACGAGUAGUGGUGGAGGUGCCGAUCAAAAACGGGUUUUCCCUCGCUGGUCCUUCCACAACUCCACGAAAGCGCCAGGUGCGUUUUUCGGCACGGCACGACAUCAUCCUGCUGCGAGAGGUCAUUGCCCAGAAUCCAUUUGCCUCCAAAGAGCCAGGAAGGAUUUGGGCCCGUGUGGGUGAAAUUAUCACAGCAGCCCUCCAAGAUGAAAACUUUGAGGUGGAUGCCAGGAGGUGCAGGGAGAGGACCAUGCUGCUGCUGGACUACUACAAGAAGCAAGACUUCCCCAGCCUGCGAAGGUUUGGAACCGAGAGGUUAUAUGCCCAAAAGGAGGAUCUUCUUCAUGAGGUUUUGGAGCUGGAGGCCGAGAAGGGGCUCUUGGUCAGUAGUGAAGGCACAAAGUACCAGGAUGAUGAGCUAAGAAAGCGAGCCAUUGAAGAAUUAACUCUACCGGAGCAGGACAAACCCAACAUCACCAUCACACACACACAUAGUGCAGAACAAGAAGAGGAUCGUGAGGAUACACCUGAGCUGUCAGCCGCGCCCACGGCCAAGCGACCCUGUCAGUGCUGCUGCCAGACAUACUCUGAAAUCCUCAGCUUCCUGGAGAAACGCUCGGAGGCGGAGCAGCGCCUGCGGGAGGAGGAGCUUGCCCUUCGUCGCGAAGAACUCGAGAUUCAGAGGAGUAAGAUUGCGCUGGAGAGGGAACGUCUGGGAGCAGAGAGAAAAGAGAGGGAACGAAGAUUUGAGCUGGAAAGCCAGGAGAGGCAGGUCAUCUUGGACUUGUUAAAAGAGAAGGUGUUGAAGGGCUGAAAGAAAAAAACAAACAACCAACAACUGUAUUUUCUUGCAUUCAGUGCAAUCUUUAAAUGACAUACAGGAAAUUAUAUUCCUGACGUCCGUGAAGGGAAAGGCAACAACGAAGUAGAAAGACAGAGCGGUUGAGAUUUUAUAAUUUCGGGGUGUGCUGUAGCAUCUGUCAGUCUUAACAGCACUGCAGUAAUAUGAAUGUGUCGGUUUGUGCACACACACACACACACACAGAGUGUGUACGAUGCUCAAAUGACCAAAUAAGACAGCAUUUGCUGACAAUAAGAGCGUCAUUGUUUGCCUGAACCAGCUAUGGGGAAGUUGAUAUACACUAGAUCAUACUCGAAACUCCCUGUGCUGCAUGGCACAGUCUUGGUGACGAAUUAUCACCAGAGAAGUGGAAUGCAGAAAGGGUGUGGUGUAUCUUCACUGCGGUGAUCCACUCAGAACAGAAAUGGAAGACAGGCUCUCUCCACAUGUGCUGGUUCAAAGUGGAUGAAUGGCUUCUCCCGUGUGAUCAACAGCAAUAUGUUUCCAGUGACACUGUGCAGUCUUUCGUUGUGUCGUGGAGGACAACGCGGAAGAAUAACUUGCAUAGCUGUACAUUUAAUCAGUUAACACCAUAGGUGUAGUGUUGCAUUGAACAAUUGUACAUACCGCUUUGUUGAGUCCCCACUUUUUCAUUUGAUUAAAGUAGAAGUAAAACUUGAAUACACUGCACACUUAUUAAGCACUUUUAUAGUACAACGGUUUGUACCCAUACUGUAUAGAUGAUACAGAAACUGUUUCAAAUGUUUUAACUGAAUAGAGGAAGUGAUUAUGUGCAUGUUUAUUUUGCUACAGUAGUUUAUCAACCAUUGUCUGAUUAACUGGCACUGGUGAAAGUUACAGUGUUAUAUAAACGUGUAAUUGAUGAAGAGAGCUUUUGAUUAUAUGUCCCACUGAUCUACUUACCAUUUUGUUUUAUGCUUAAGAGUUAUUAAAACGACGUGGCUUUUAUUACACAA